UCGGACUUCCAUCUUUAUAAGCUAUCCCUCCGCAAAGCCUCGAAGUCAUUUUCUGCUGGAUUUUCAGGAUGUCUGGUCGUGGGAAAGGCGGAAAAGGCUUGGGUAAAGGUGGAGCGAAAAGGCACCGGAAGGUGCUGCGCGAUAACAUCCAAGGCAUUACCAAGCCGGCUAUCCGCCGCUUGGCUCGCCGCGGAGGCGUGAAGCGAAUUUCUGGAUUGAUCUACGAAGAGACCCGUGGAGUCUUGAAGGUCUUCCUGGAGAACGUGAUCCGCGAUGCUGUGACCUACACGGAGCACGCUAAAAGGAAGACCGUGACGGCCAUGGACGUGGUGUACGCGCUGAAGCGCCAAGGACGUACCUUGUACGGCUUUGGGGGCUGAUUCCAGACAAAAGAGACAAAAAUAACGGCCCUUUUAAGGGCCACCCACAAUUCCAGAAAGAGAGUUGUAGCAUAUGUAAAAAUUCGACAUAAUUCUACUUCAUGAAAAUAACUGGAGAUGUGAUGUGUAUUAGUAAAAACUACUCGGUGGUGUAACUGCUAUGUAAGUAAGCUAAAAACGCUUUUCUCCAUUUCAGAUCCUUUUCUAGACUUAGGAGACUUGCCUGGAAUUGUUAGGCUUUUGGGUUAUUAACAUUUUUAUAGCGAAAUGUGGAGAUUCUAGAAAAACAGUUGCAAUUUGGAAAAGCACCUUUGGAAUUUUGAACCUGGCAAUCAGUCUUCAGGGUAACGUUUUUUACUUAGAGAUUACAAUCUUGGCGAUUUACGAUUUUAAAAAAACGCCUUAAAAUAAAAAGACAUUUUUCAGUUAAAAAAAUUAAAACCAAGAGGUGAGUCACUCGAUAGCAAUAGGAUAUUUAAUAAAAGUCCUUGGAAUACACUUUCAGGUUUUAACACGAGCCCAGCCAGCAAAAAUGUAUGCAAUGUUACCUCGAAUCAAAUGUUUUGUAUUAUUCGAGUCUCACACGUGAUCAUAGAAUCCCCUAGGUAGAAGGGACUUUGGAGGUCUUCUAGUCCAACCCCUGGAUAUACCCCUUAGGGUGUCUUUGUGUUAGCAGUGCCGAAUUUCCAGCACCUUGUUAAGCUUAAAUCAGGGGUCUUGCAAGUUGGCCCUUUGAUGACUUGUGGACUUCAGCUCCCAG